AUGCAGACCCUAUACAAGCUUAAGAACCAAUCGCAAUUCCAGUCGUCCGAGUCCACGGGUUCCACAGGAUCGUUUCUCGCUAGCGCGCCGGUCGAGCUAACCACGGUCAACGGAUACAACGACUUCCUUAAAUCGCACAAGUCGAAGCGCACGUCGACGCUCUUCAACGACGACUGUAGCCGAGGAUAUGUGAUGAUGGACGACAAGGUGCUCGCCACGAUCACUGGCGAGGCGCGCGAUUACUUGUUAGAACUGUUCGGCAGCCCGUGA